CAUCAUUUACUACAUAUAACAAUUUUCAUUAUGCUAGCAGACUUUAGCUGAAUAUAUAGGUCAGUAGAUGAACUAUCUUUAUAAAACUGCAUAGAAACAUGCUCCCCAGUAUGUUUGAGUCAAAAGUCAAUUCAAUCAGUGCAGACGAUUCCCUAGCCCCAAUAUAUCAGAUAUAUAUAACGAUUACGACUUUAAACUCUUUGUGUUAGUCAAUUUGUGUGAUGUUUUAAUUAAAUUAAUCAGCUUUUGUCGGAGAUUCGUGUGAUUUAAACUUCAAAUAAAAUAUCUCUCACAAGAUAUUGAACGCAUUUUCAACGGAUAAUUGUUUCGAUAAUGACUAAGAGUGGAAUGAAAUCUACGUAGCCAGUUUCACAAUAUUUAAAGUUUACUACAAUAAUAUUUGGAAGCUUCGAGAGUGGAUUUCUGAUAACUCUGGAGAUGUGGCAUGCACGAGGAGUACGGGUACAGAAAAAGAGUUAAGGAAGGCUCUCAGAUAAGAAGUAACAAUUGGUAGGAAUUUAACUAAUUAGAAAUUGUAGAUGAUAGAUAGAACAUAUUAUAUUCUUUUGUAUAUGCCGCAGUUUUCGUGCGCAUCAUCAUAGAUAUGCAAAAUUCACAUCUGGCUUUUCAUUGCGUUGAUUGCAAUUUCAUUGAACAAAAUAACACAUAUACAAACACCAACAAAUUUUGUAUUACAAUAAAGAACACUUGUUAUUUAUUCUUUUUAGUUCCCACUAAUUUUAUAAUAUUUAAAGCGGCAAAAAUAUUUUGGCGGAAAGAAAUAAUAAUAAUACAAUAAUUGUAUGAGUUUUUAAUUAUUGUGUAUAAAUAAAAAAAUAAGAUUUUGACGCUUAUUUCAAUUUUAAUUUAUCCAUCAAGUGUGACAGUGCGACGCAGAGAACUUAUCAUAGAUAAAUGAUCCGAAAAUUUAACCUUGGAGCUUAUAUUAUUAUAAUAUAUAAUAUAUAAUUUAACGUAAUAUAAAUAAUAUUUAAUUUACAUUCUCUGGUGCAACGCUUUAGCAGUGCUACCUAGUUUUCAAUGACAACACCAGCCAAGAACGUAAUUUACGUUCUCUGAUAUACGUUCUCUGACCAGUGUUAUCAGCGUCUUCAUGUGCGCGCCAAAACAAAUGCCAGCGCUGUCAAAUGCUAUACCAUCAUUCAAAGCUUUCAAUUUGGGUUCAUCGUGUUUAGAAUUUUGUGCAUAUAUAAUUCAAAUAAGCAGCUAAUUGGCAAAAUAAUACAACGCCAAAUUAAAACAUUGCAAUGGAUGUAGCUGACGCACAAAUCGGACAAUUACGCGUAAAAGAUGAAGUUGGCUUGCGUUGUCAAAAACUCUUUCAGGAUUUCUUAGAGGAGUUUAAGGAAGAUGGUGAAAUUAAAUAUGUGAAACCUGCGGCAGAUCUGGAAUCGCCAGAUCGCUAUACACUAGAGGUAUCUUUCGAUGAUGUGGAAAAAUACAAUCAAAAUUUGGCUACAACAAUUAUCGAAGAAUACUAUCGCAUCUACCCAUUUCUGUGCCAGUCAGUUUCAAAUUUUGUCAAGGAUCGUUGUGGUUUGAAGAAUGAAAAAGAAUGUUACAUCUCUUUUACUGAUGUGCCAACGCGACAUAAAGUGCGUGACUUAACCACAUCAAAGAUUGGCACAUUGAUACGCAUAUCUGGUCAAGUGGUACGUACACAUCCAGUGCAUCCUGAGCUGGUGUCUGGCACAUUCAUGUGUAUGGAUUGCCAAACUGAAAUACGCAAUGUGGAGCAACAAUUCAAGUUUACCAAUCCAACCAUCUGUCGUAAUCCUGUGUGCAGUAAUCGGCGACGCUUCAUGCUGGAUGUGGAGAAAUCGCUUUUUGUUGAUUUUCAAAAGAUACGCAUACAGGAAACGCAAGCAGAACUGCCGCGUGGCUGUAUACCACGAUCGGUUGAAAUCAUUUUACGUUCAGAAUUAGUUGAAACUGUGCAAGCAGGCGAUCGUUAUGAUUUCACCGGUACGUUAAUAGUCGUACCCGAUGUAGGUGUCUUAAAUAUGCCGGGCGCCAAAGCUGAUAUGGGUUCGCGGCAUAAGCCAGGCGAUGGUCCGGAAGGUGUGUCAGGUUUAAAAGAAUUGGGCACACGUGAACUCAAUUAUCGCAUGUCCUUCUUGGCUUGCAGUGUUCAAACAACAACAGCGCGUUUUGGUGGCACCGACUUGCCUAUGUCCGAGGUAACAGCAGAGGAUAUGAAAAAACAAAUGACUGAUGCCGAGUGGAAUAAGGUAUACGAAAUGUCCAAAGAUCGUACUUUGUAUAACCACCUCAUCACCAGUCUGUUUCCCUCCAUCUACGGUAAUGAUGAGGUUAAGCGUGGCGUGCUGUUGCAGUUAUUCGGUGGUGUGGGCAAGACUACGCAUGAAAAAACAACUUUGCGAGGCGACGUCAACGUAUGUAUUGUCGGUGAUCCCAGUACGGCAAAAUCACAAUUUCUGCGACAAGUCGCCGACUUUUCGCCUCGCGCUGUUUAUACUUCUGGCAAAGCUUCCUCCGCAGCUGGUCUUACCGCCGCUGUGGUGCGUGAUGAGGAGAGUUUCGAUUUUGUCAUCGAAGCCGGUGCGCUUAUGUUGGCCGACAAUGGUAUUUGUUGCAUUGAUGAAUUCGAUAAGAUGGAUCCACGCGAUCAAGUCGCCAUACACGAAGCGAUGGAACAGCAAACAAUUUCCAUAGCAAAAGCUGGUGUGCGUGCCACCUUAAAUGCGCGCACUUCCAUUUUAGCUGCCGCCAAUCCCAUUAAUGGCCGUUAUGACCGUACAAAGAGUUUACAGCAGAAUAUACAAUUGUCGGCGCCAAUUAUGUCACGUUUCGAUUUAUUCUUUAUACUCGUCGACGAAUGCAACGAAGUGGUGGACUAUGCAAUUGCGCGCAAAAUUGUGGAUUUACACUCGAACAUUGAGGAUUCCGUUGAGUGUGCGUACACGCGCGAAGAAGUGCUGCGCUACAUAACAUUUGCCCGUCAAUUCAAACCGAUUAUCGGUCAGGAAGCAAUGAAAUUGCUUGUGGAGAACUAUGGUCAUUUACGUCAACGCGACACCGGUAUUGCCGGCCGCAGUACAUGGCGUAUCACAGUACGUCAAUUGGAGUCGAUGAUACGUCUGAGCGAGGCCAUGGCCAAACUGGAGUGCAUGAAUGAAGUACAAGAAAGGCAUGUUAAAGAAGCCUAUCGUUUAUUGAACAAAUCAAUUAUACGUGUCGAACAGCCCGAUAUACAUUUGGAUGAUGAUGAGGGCAAUGAGGAUGCAUAUGUGGCUGAUAUGGAUAUGGAAAAUAAUGGCGGUGCUGCUAAUGGUGCGAGUAAUACGAUUACCACCGAAGGUGCCGAAGCAGAAGAAGGUAUUGAGGCAAGCGGUAGCGUGCUGCAAAAGAAAAAGCUCACGCUAUCGUUUGAAGAUUACAAAAAUCUAUCCACUAUGUUGGUAUUGCAUAUGCGUAAUGAGGAGGCACGCUGCGAAACAGAAGGCAUCGAUUCGGGUAUGAAGCGCAGUGAUGUUGUUACAUGGUAUUUGGUACAAGUCGCGGAUCAAAUUGAAACCGAAGAGGAACUUAUCUCACGUAAAAAUUUAAUUGAGAAAGUUAUCGAUCGUUUAAUAUAUCACGAUCAAGUGAUAAUACCAUUAAAGACAUCCGAAUUGCGACAACCGGGUAAAAGUCCGCGUCGUCCCGAUGACGAAACGGAGGAGCCAGACGAUCCAUUAUUGGUCGUGCAUCCCAAUUACAUUGUUGAAUAGUGUGUGCUCUCACAAGCAUUUGAAAUUGACCAGUUUCGCACACUAUUACAUUUUUCCAUACAAUCAGUUAAUGUUAACUAGAAUUAAGUUUUAUGUUGUAAUAUGCAUUUUAUUUCAAACAUUGAUCGUUACAUAGCGGUUCGCUGUCCAGUACAAAUAAAGAAAAAUUCAAAAAAUUAAUCAAUUUAAUAGAAAUUUUAGUUAUUU